AUUAUAAAAUUCCGAUUGAUGAAUUCGAAUAGGAGAGGAAUUCGGAAGCCAUCUCGAGCUGUCUACCAAUUUUGGUUAUUAAAUCAGAAACCUUCUUCUCAGUCCACUUAAAGAGUAGCAUAAAAUGGCCCGAAUCUCACUUUGUACAGCGAUCCUCAGUUUAUGCCUCGUUCUUAAUUUGUGUGAAGGAUUAGAUGACCAGCCUGCCUACAAAUCAGUGAAUAGAGCUUGGUGGAAGAACCUCUUAAUAGCAGAUGUACAAGUAAAUACAGAGGAAAAUGUCCCAAACGUUGCAAUGAGAUACCGACGACAGACACCGUCCAACACCACUGAAAUGCCUAUUGACACUGUUACUAUUGAAGAUAAUCAUGACUACUACACAUCAAAUUUUUAUUCUGAUGGUCGAGAAUAUUUUCAGAAUCUUGAAACGGGUAGUCCGUACACUGUAGUAGAUGUUCAUGAUGCUCUAUCUAAUAGCCAUCUUACAGCGGGGGAGGUCCGGUUGCCUUUUCAGUUUCCGUUUUAUGGCCACAACAUCACUAAAAUUUAUAUCGCAACAGGGGGUAAGUAGAAAUUUUUAAAAGUCAUCUGUGAAAUUGAACUGAUGUCUAGUUGAUUGAGAAUACAUGUAAAGGAAGAGAGAAAGAGAGUGAGUGAUUGUUAGAGACGGAUUGCAUAACAGAGAGAGAGAAAUUUUCAAAUUUUGACAGAUUGUUGAAAGAGGGGGAAGUAAACGUGAAGGAAAGAUGGAUCUUUGACUUUGUUCAAUUCUUGUUGUAUCUGAAAAUUUGAUAUUUCUGAUGAUGAUGGUAUUGUGUAAUGAUAAUAAUGAUAAUGAUGAUAAUUAGGGUUCUUAUGAUGAUUAAAUGAUAAAUCAGAUAAAACAAUUUAUAAUUAUACUGAUGGUAAUCACUUUGCACCAAAUGUUACACUCUAAAGUCCAAGGAUUCUUAAGGAUUAACUUUUAAAUCUCUAAAAAUUUAAAUUCAAAUCUUUUAGAUUCAUAUUUAAAUCAACAAGGUUUAAAUCUAAACCUAAUACUUGGCUGGUCACUAUCUGCUGCCUAUCUGGAUUUAUUUGUUUAAUCCUUGGAAUUUAGAGUGUAGUGGGAAUUCUAUCCUCCCCCAGGGUUAAAAUUGGUCAUAAUUAACUGUAGAUUUGAUUCUGCUUUAUCCCCUGCCUUUUUUUUUACAGAAUAAACCCAGUGUUUUCCCUAGCCCGUAUGGUAGCCUUUAGGCAAAUAAUCAUAAUAAUAAUCGUAAUCAUAAGAAUAAUUACUUUUUAAUACUUUUAUAAUAGCACUUGAUUAUUGAAUAAUGAUUAUGGUUUACAAUGAAGGGUAGUGAAAAUGAUGAUCUUUAUACUUCAUGUGAUGUAACGGUUUAGCUUUCAUUUGAAAUUCAGGUUCAAACUUAGGAAAGCAGGAAAUUAUAAUAAAGUAAUCAACCCCCCCCAAAAAAAAAACGAAAGAAAGACACAGUAUGAAAUAUUGCUGAAAAAAAAACAUGCCUCAGGAUGCUUUCUUUCUAGACUUAAUGAGAAACUUGGAGAUCGGGGCUACUGCUUGUUUAGGGUCUGAUAUUAUUUUCAUUUUCGAUAAUGAUCACGCUCACUGGAUAAUAUUUCCCAUCCCCCUGAAGCCAAAUUUUAUCUUCUUGUCAGUUGCAGUCAACAUCAUCCAAUGUUUCAACAAGCUUAAAUCAGAGUUGUUCUCUCCAUUCCCUCAAUUUAUAAAGAACUCAGAGAAAUCAUGAAAUACGAGAUGACAUAAAAGCCUAUAAAUUUGCUCUGUACAGAGGCAAAAGUCACGAGAUACUGUCUCGGAUGUCAUCCGUGCAGGCACCACUCACGACUGCUAUUAACGUGUGUCGGGAAAAAAUUAUGUUGAAGUGGGCGAAGUAUGUCUGUAUGGUUCGCUGGAGAGCGUUCUCCUCGCUCAGGCUUUUGAUUGCAUUAUCGUCAUUUUCGCACUUGUCUGCUGCUUUUCCGCUUUCUCUUUUUUAUUUUCUUAAAUGAUUUUACUGGCCAUUGAUUUGGUUGUGGCAAAUUUCAUGAUUCAGUUGUUUACAAUGGCUCUGGACAGCGAUGACAGGUUUUCAGGCAGAUCUUGAAUUCACAUUGUCGAGGCAUUUUCUUCAAUAAUAAGUACUACUACAUGUAGUAGCUGAAUGUAAUAUGUGUAUUUAACAUAUAUUCUGUGUGAUUUGCAAAGCAAUAUAACUCACAGAUUUUUAUCUUGGGUUUUUCUUCAAAUUGGUGCAUUUAUUCAUACAUACAUGUACAUGUAAAUGUUUACAGACUUUUUUUCUUCUAAAAAGACCAAGAUAAAUGAUAAAAGGAGAACAUGUGAACAUUCUAUGAAAACAUCAGAAAGUGGGAUAAAUGCAACAGAUAGAAAUGUACACAGAGAAGGAAAAAUAAAAAGAAAGAGAGAGGAAGGGGGGGGGGGGGGGUCGUGACAGAGAGAAAAUGAAUGCAGAAAGGAUAAUCAUUUUGUUUCAGAAAAAAUAAAUUAUCCCCAAAUCAAAACAAUUUCUAAGAAAACAUUAUCAGUGAGGCUGAAUUUGUAGUGCAUGGAAAUUAUGUUGAAAUUGAAAAGAAAUUGAUUGAUACACCUGUAAAUAAACUUCUUGAUUUUUGUCAUAACAUCACAACGAAGCAUGUGAGUGUAAUCUUUUUCUUUUACUUUAAUAUCUCCUACGAUAAUCCAAUUGAAAUUUUGACGUAUGACUAUGCCAUAUGAAAACUGGAAUGCUUGGAUUACCUCAGUGCACAAAAUAUAAUUAGUUUGAGAAAUAUACAUGAAGCUCAAUUAGAAAUGAUUGAUUAAUUUGCCAUCUUGCUCCUCUUAUAUCUUGGUAAAAAUUUAACCAUAAUGAAAAAGUACAUGUAUAAUGAAAUAUGUUUUCUCUAAUUAGGGCAUAAAUCUUUGAAUAUGGGUUUAAAUAAAGCCAGUGACUCUCUUCAUGUUAUACAUUGGUAAACUGGAACUUGAUGUUUUUUUUAUAAAAAAUAAAAAGAUCCAAGAAAAAUAUACAUGUAGUUCAAAGAGGAUGAUUAUGAACACGAGUACAUUUUAGGUGUUGUACGUGUACCAAAAGUAAGUAGAACCAGGUACAUGUAGUAGAAAGAAAAAUCCCUCUUUAUUAAUACCCUUCACAAUUAUUUGAAAAGGGAUUAAUAAACUAUUCAUUAAUUUUUACAUGUGAACAGGGAAAAGAACUGCAUAUUGGCAGUUCAAUUUUUGAAUAGUAAUCAGAAAACAAAAGGUUAGCAUUAGCCUGGAUAGAACAUGGAUUAUGAUGGAUAAUAGCUAUUCAUAAUAAUGCCUAUGUUAACCUCCUUUUAAAGGUCACCAUUACCAUAGAAACGCUCUUGACUUCAACAUCAGCCAAACAGCAACGAUUUUAUGCAACAUGGAUUCCUAUUUUGGAAAUUGUAAUAAAAAUAAACGUUCGUCGCCAUGCUUUAUGAGUUAAUGGGAUAUAGUUCUAACCAAUUUUCCAAAUGGUUUGCUGCCAUGGAAUUGUAAAUUUUGAGCCUUGCCCCUAGCUGUCUCUGCUCAUAAUAGAUCAAGUAUCGGGUCAAGAAGUGCCGCAAGCUACGGUGGCGCUGGGCCGAUGAAGAUCGCGUUCUUGCUCUAAACGAAGAAUUCCAAUUAAUCAUUCAGGGAGCAUUUCUUCAAUCUCGUUCUUGAAGAGAAAUUAUAUAAGGCUGAUGCAUCUGACUGCUAAAAUAUUGAUGAGUUUGAACUUUUUAUGCAAUGUUUAAUGAUAUGGAAUAAGGACAGAAUUCAAUCUUUCUUUGAUAAUAAGAUCCCACUACAAAAUAGCAUUUUUCCUUUUUCUAUAAUUUCUCACUCUCAAAUCCAUGAUAAGAAAUUAUACAAUAAUAUACAGGGGCUUUGGAAUGUUUUUGAAUCCAUGGGGAGGGGUUGACCAUACAACAAAUCACAGUCAGAUGGUACAUGUAGUUUGUUUUGUACAUGUACAUGUAUGGUUUUGGCAAAAAAAUGGGAAGGGGAGCUUCUCCCCCCCCCCCCGCCCCGUCCCCCGGUUCCAUAUAUUAACAUCUCUAGAUAUGAACAUGAAAAUAAGUAAUCGAUUUACAUUUGGGAAGGUGACUUUCACACUUAUUUUUGUAUUUGAUUGCAAAAAGUUGCAUUAAGGACGUUCCACAGUUAAAGUGAAAUCCAUGUCAUUUUCACCAAACUUUGCACAUAGAUACUUUAGAACCUUAAUAUUCGAAAUAUGCAAAAAUUAACAUAGGUCCAUGUGCUUGAUUUUUUGCUAUAGAGCUUCAAAGUUCACCCAAAUUGAUGUUCUUAAGAAUUGCGCAUUCAAAAUAAUUUGGCAUUUUUAGACCUCGCAAGAUUACUACAAUGAAUUUAAAUCUCUAUUACUCAGUCAAAAUACAUGAAAAAGUCAUCAAAUUUCGCAAGAGAGUUAAUAAUUGUAUCGUUAGAAUGGAGAAUCUAUUUAUAGUGCUAUUUGUUUGCAAUUUUAAGUCUAACAGCACUGUCAGUUCUUAAAAAUGGCGUAAAAGAUAACAAAAACCCAAUCU